ACGGAAGCAGCCCAAGAAAUGUCAAAAAGACAAAAAAAAAAAUAAAAGUGUCUGCUCAUUUACCAUCAGGGAACUCAUACGGGGUAGAAACCCCAUGGAUGCAGUCUAUGUGGGAAAGCCUUCUCUACAAAGUUCAGUCUCACUACACAUCAGAAAACUCAUACAGGAGAAAAAUCUUUCAUAUGCAGUGAAUGUGGAAAAGGCUUCAUUGAGAAAAGGUGUCUUAUUGCACACCAUCAAACUCAUUCAGGAGAGAAACCCUUUGUAGUAUUAGUGGAAAAGGCUUCACCAUGAAGGGUGAUCUCAUUAUACAUCAGCGAACUCAUACUGCAGAGAAACCAUAUAUAUGCAGUGACUGUGGGAAAGGCUUCACUGUGAAGAGCUGCCUGAUUGUACAUCAAUGAAUUCAACAGGAGAGAAACCCUAUGUAUGUAGUGAAUGCCUGAUUGUACAUCAAUGAAUUCAUACAGGAGAGAAACCCUAUGUAUGUAGUGAAUGUAGAAAAGGCUUUCCAGCCAAGAUCUGGCUGAUUGGACAUCAGCAAAUUCACACGGGAGAGAAACCCUAUAUAUGCAGUGAAUAUGGAAAAGGCUUCAUGGAGAAGAGUCAUCUCACUGUACAUGGGCACACUCACACAGGAGAGAAACCCUAUAUAUGCAGUACAUGUGGCAAAGGCUUCAGUGGGAAAAGCAUGCUGGUUGCACACCUGAGAACUCAUACUGGAGAGAAACCCUAUGUAUGUAAUGAGUGUGGCAAGGGCUUCACCUUGAAGAGUACUCUAGUUAUGUAUCAGCAAACUCAUAUUGGAGAGAAACCAUACAAAUGCACUGAGUGUGGUAAAGCCUUCAGGAAGAAGACAUGCCUCAUACAACAUCAGAGAUUUCACUCAGGAAAGACUUCCUUUGCAUGUACUGAAUGUGGAAAAUUCUCUUUGCGUAAAAAUAAUCUUAUUACCCAUCAGAGAAUUCACAUGGGAGAGAAGCCAUAUGAAUGCAGCAAAUGUAGGAAAGCUUUCACCAUAAAGUCAGGGCUCAGUGUUCAUCAAAGCAGAUAUACAGGAGAGAGGCCUUAUGGGUGUUGUGAAUGUGGGAAAGCUUUUGCCCACUUGUCAAUCCUUGCUAAACAUAAAAGAAUUCAUAGGUAAUCACUUUGAGGAGGCCUGUUGCCAUAUCCUCAAGAUAAUUGUAUGCAAUUAAGAAGUAACAAUGCAAAGAAUGUAGUAUUGUUUUUAGUGACCAAUUACCUCAUAUAUUAUUCAGAUGAAAAAGUUUGCAAAAUGACUUACAGUUAGGCUUGAAAAUGUUUUAUGAUAUGUCUAAAAGUGUAUACUGAGAUUAAGCCUGUGAACAUGAAAGACUAGGAAAGUCUUCAGUUGGUAUAGACCCUAUUUUAUGUGAUCACCAUAGAUCAUGAGUGAAUGAAUAUUUCUAACAGAAAUAAAAUUCUAGGAAAACCUUUGCUUAAGGAAAGAUCUCAGCAGAUGUUAGUUAACAGUACAGAAAUCCUUUCCUGUGGCAAUGAAUAUGACAGGGUUUGCAGUAAUAAAUAGUGCCUCAUCAUUUGCUAGAGAAAUCCAUACAGAAACACAUUCAAUAUGGUGGCCUUUAACAAAAUAUCAGACAACUUAAUGAAGGAAAGACACCUUGGGGAAAUGAUGAAUGAGAGUAUUCUGUCACAAAUCUAAAAUUGAGAUAACAUCCCUCACAAGGAACUGGGGAAAGGAUACCUCCAGCCUUAUUUCUAGUUGCAUUGUCAUUAAUCUUACAGAUUUUAAAUAGUGGUAGUUGCCUUCAUCAUGGAUUAAACUUGAAUAUAUACAAUGCAGGCGCAUUCAAUGCCUGUUUCCUUGUUUAAUUAAGUUUUCCAUUUCUUUGGUUCCAAGUUGAAGUGUAUUCGAAGUACUUCACAAUGAAACAGUCUAUUCAUUUCAGAAGUGAAAUAACACACAUAUUUGGAUGUGUUUAACCAUGUUUAUUAUUUAUAAA